AUGUUCAACACCAGCAGCCUGCGUGAGAACUCCUCCACCACCGGGGAUGGUCCUCCACCCUGGUACCAGUUUGCAGUUUGUGCGGUCGCUCCUUAUGGCUUUGUGUUCUACUUUGGGGUCAAAGUGUUUAACUUGGCUGUUGGGACGCCGUGUAACAUCCUGGUCAUCUGGCAGAUUAUUUCCAAAAAAAGUGACGCGUCCACUUCGGACAACUUCUUUUUUAACUUGGCCAUUCUCGAUGCCUACUUCUGCUUGAUGACCCCGGUGGACAUGGUCAACCGGCUAAUGCUGGACAGUGAUGGCAUCUGGUACUUUCAGAGAUUUGCAUAUGGUGUCAAAGAUGUGGCACCCCUCUUUCUGGUGUGCAUCAGUAUGGAUCGCUACAUGGCUGUGGUCCAUCCAAUCUUUUUUUCAAGCUACAGAGACAACAUGACCCGCAUCUGCAUCUCCGGAGUCGUCUGGGGCCUAAUACUGGCAUACGCCCUGAUGAAGUCCAUAAAGGGAGUCAUGAGCGUGAAUGGUUUCUUCAGCGGCAUUAUCCUCUUUGCAUUCGCGGUCAUGGUCUUCUGCAACGCGUCGAUUAUCUGGGUCCUCCGCCGCUCUGUGGUGGGAAAGGAAGUCAUGCAUCCAGUGAAGAAAAAGGCCUUUAAGAUAGUGCUGAUAAACAUGGCCAUCAUUGUGAUCAAUUACCUCCCACCUGUGGCACUCAUUCCCUUUGUGUCAUACUACACGUUUGUGCAGUUCCGUUGUCAGAUCAGCAUUAGUGUGUUCUCCAUUAUGGAUCUGAGCUGCAGCAUCGAGCCCCUCCUCUACAUGACCAAGAUGGAAAGGAUGCAGGGACAGUGCUGCGGAAAGGCUAUCCCUCAAAAGCCAUAA